AUGUUGAAGCAGAUCUUGUCGAGUAGCGUCAAGUUUGGGCGGCCUCAAGGCCAGCCAGGUGGUUCAGUCAGUGUCAACUUGUACCCCGCCAUUGCGGCCGCCAACUACCCUAAUAUCAUCGUCUUCGGCUCAGUUGACACUUGCGGAGAGGAGGCCUCCGACUCACAGCAAGGUCCCCUCGUCAGCGGGGGGGCAGCCAGCAAGAAACAGGCACUUCCUAUGCGGCGGGCAUGGUUUCUGGGCUUCAUGGCUCUGAACCCUGCGCGAUUUCCGGAACCGGGCACAGUGCGCACAGCGGGCGCUGUCAAGAACCGCAUCACGGAAGAAGCCUAA